AUGCCGCAGGUGGACGCCAAAAGCCCGUACGACAGCCCCGACGCCCCGGAGGCUCUGGAGGCCGCCCGACGAGCCUCUCACACCGCGGAAGAGGAGCCUCCAGGAGCCGGCGUGGACCCGAGCAGAGUGGAGCAGAGCGCCGCCGUUGCUGACGCACACUCCAGGAGCCGCCUGUGCGAGGAAGAGGAAAAGGAGGAGGAGGACGAAGAGCCUGAGAAGAGCCCGGUGCAGGGGAGCCUGGCCAGCAGCAGUGACUGUCCCCCAGAGGGGUCCCGGGUCCCGCUGCACCCCCAGGGCUCAGGACAGAGGGCUGGGGCCGAGCGCACACAGGCCCCCACCGAGGAGGCCCCAGGACUGCACAGCACUCGCCCGGUCUCGGAGCAGAAGAGAGCACCUCCUCUGAGCUACAGCUGCUGCUGGGACCUCUGUGGGCUCCCCUUCCCCUCCAGCCCCGAUCUCGCCGACCACAUCCGAGACCGCCACGUGGAUGCCCAGAGAGGAGGGAUGUUUGUGUGUCUGUGGAAAGGCUGUAAAGUUUACAACACUCCGUCCACAAGUCAGAGCUGGCUACAGAGACACAUGCUGAGCCACAGCGGAGACAAGCCCUUUAAGUGCCUGGUGGGAGGAUGCACGGCAACCUUCUCGUCCCAGGGCGGCCUGGCUCGGCACGUUCCCACUCACUUCAGCUCCCACAGAGUCCCAGGACCCAGAUCCAAGGACGAGUCUCCGUCUAAAGCCGGACUGAAGCGGAGGAAGACCCGGACCCGGCUAAGACGGUCCCUGCCGCGGCCUCACGACUUCUUUGACGCUCAGACCAUGGACGCCAUCCGCCACCGGGCCAUCUGCCUCAACCUGGCAACCCACAUCGAGAGCCUGGGGAGCGGGCACAGCGUGGUGUUCCACAGCACGGUGAUCGCACGGAGGAAGGAGGACUCUGGGAAAGUCAAGCUCCUGCUGCACUGGACUCCAGAGGACAUACUUCCUGAUGCGUGGGUGAAUGAGAGUGAGCGGCUGCAGCAGAAGACAUGUGUGGUGCAUCUGUCCAAACUGCCCACAGACACAGCGGUGCUACUGGACCCCAACAUCUACAGGAUGUUCUUCUGA